AUGCUUUCCUUUCAUUUCUGGGAGUCCCGGGGUCGGCCUACAGAUGCUGCUCCUUCCGUGGCCGAUGGCAUUCAGACUCCUAGCUGCCGAUGGUGCCAGGCAAACAACUGGACAGAACAGCUCAGCUACGGGAAGCUGGCCACGGUCUCGGCCGGAGCCGCAGCCCCCUGGCCACAGACCACCUCUGCCGCCCCAUCCAGGAGCCUUCCUUCCUCCCUCAGCCUCGCCCGGGCCCCGCCACAGGGGCUGAAGAACCGGAAGCUGGUGGCAGCCGCGGCAGUGGUGCCUAUAGCCUUGGGGCCAAUCCAGGCACGUGGGACCCUGCUUCGGGCUACUCUGCAGCCCCUCCAGGGCCAGGGAGGGGCCCGGGACCGCCCCGGUGCUCCCCAUUGUCUUCUCCUGUCACUGAAACCUAGGCGAGGGCUCAGAAUGGAAGGCGCCCCUCCUGAGCUGAAUCUGCAGGCCAGACCGAAGGAGGUCAGGGAGGGGGUGAGCGGAGCUCAAGAUCGCCAGGAGCUCAAGCAGCAGCUGCGGCCACUUCUCAAGCCAUCGGCCUCCUCGCAGCGAGAAGAGAAAUAUGUGGAGAUGCGCACUUCAGCUGGAGUGCAGAGGGACAGUCCCCGGACCAUGAGACUUACUCUGGAGCAGCGCCCGGGGGAUCAGAGGGGCUCUAGCAGCCCCAAGGAGAAAGCCCAAGACGAAGCCGGCAGCCAAGAGUGUGAGGCUCCAGCCCCCCAGAAGAAUCCUGCCUCCCUGGAAGCCUCCGGACCCCAGUUCUCCGGCACUGAUGAGGGCAGCAGCCUCUCGUCUCCCUCCUCCGCCCUGGUGGACAAAGCAGAGGAAGGUGGCCUUUACAAGACGGGUGAUACCACCACAUCCACGGGGGCUCUGGCCACCUCGUCCUCACUGUUAGACUUUGAGAGUGACAGUGGUGAGAACGCAGUGAGCUGCCAGCCCAAGGGAGGAGAAGAAGGGGAAAAACCAGGAGGAGGAGAGAGAACCGAGUGCAGAGACAUGAUUGCCAAGUCUCAGGGCAGCAGGGACCCCCCCCAGAAUCAGGAGGCUCACUACAUCACCACCCACGAGAUCCAGCUGAGCGAGGUAGAGCAGGACACGGAUUUCGACGUGGGCCUGGCCUCCCGCUGGGAUUUCGAGGACAACAACGUGAUCUACUCAUUCGUGGACUAUGCUUCCUUUGGUGGCAGCGACGAGACCCCAGAGGACGUCACCACGCCGAGCGAAGAGGACGAUGACAACAGCUGCUACCUCAGCACCGCUCCCAGCACCGACGCCACCCGGACACCCAGCCCCACGGACAGUGACCCCGCCCGCCCCAGCGCGGGCAGCAGCGGUGGCGACACCAGCAGCACGGAAGUGGGCAGCGGCCCCUCGGACAGCAACCCCACUCCCCCAGCCACGGGGCCUGGCACUGCCACCCCGUGUGAGCCCUUGCUGCAGCCGCUGGAGGCAGCCUCAGCCGCCGCAAGCAGCUGCGGGAGUGCAGCAGGCCAGAUCCUCCUAUCAAUCAAACCGACUUCCCGGGCUAUAAAUGAGCCUAGCAACGUGUGUGCAAAGCAAAACAUUAUUUACGCUGCCAAGCAUGAAGGCGACAUGAGCCUCCGCGUCUCUACAGCUGCUGAACACAAUUCAAGUUCACUGAAGCAAGACCCGGCUGCAGCCGUGGCUCAGGACCAUGCGAAGAAAUUCAUCGCCGUCCCUGCUCGCCUGCAAACGCGGUGCGGGGCCGUCCGGGCGAAGGAGCUGGUGGACUCCUCCAGCGGGGCGUCCAGUGCCGUGAGCGAGCUGGACGACGCCGACAAAGAGGUGCGUAACCUGACCUCCCGGGCCUUCCGGAGCCUCGCUUACCCCUACUUUGAGGCUCUGAACAUCAGUUCCCGGGAGUCCUCCUCGCUCUCCGAAGUCGGUUUUGGGCGCUGGUCGGCCUUCCUGGACUUGAAAUGCGCAGGCGUUGGAGCCAGGGUGGAACAGAGUCUCCUCAGGAGCAGCGCCGCCUCUAUGGCUGCGGGUCUGAGGAAGGGCAGUGGGGCCAGGACGACCGCAGACCAGCUCUACAUCCAGUCCAAGAAGUCCCAGACCAAGGCCUUGGAGUUCGUGGUCAGUAAAGUCGAGGGGGAGAUCAAACACGUGGAGACACCUCUGUGUUUCCAGAAGCAGGUCCAGUCGGGCUCCCACGUGGUCACCCUUCUCGAGCCUCUGAAUUUACGCAGUGAGAGCAAAGCCAGCUCCGCCGCGGGGCCCUGCAGGGCCACCAAAGGCCCCAGCAAGGGCCCCGGGUCAGUGUACACGGAUGAUGGCUCGGAGACCUCUGAGGGCAGCAGGCUUGCCUCCCGAGCUGACGGCCCCCAGAAGAAGUCCAAGUUUGCUUCCAGUCUGCUCAAAAACGUCAUCUCCAAGAAGAUGCAGCGGGAACAUGAGUUCAAAAUGGAGAGGGGAGAAGUCAGUGACACAUCCCACCAUAACCUCUCCAGCAGCUCGAAGGAGACGGAGGGCCCUCCCCCCGGGGGUGAGAAGCAGCGGGAGAAGGGCCUGCAGAGGCAGAGUUCUCGCCACUCGGAGGCCGGCUCUGAGUACACGGUGGUCAGCGUGUCUGAUGCAGGUGGGGAGGGGUCCGUAGCUGGGUCUAAAUCCCCAGUUUUCAAAGCCAGUGCCCCUCGGGAGAGCCAUGCAGGCUCCGGCCGUAAUUUCGCCGAUGGACCCCCGGUAGAAGUGUGUGAAAUCAAAAAGAGUGCGUCAGAGACUGUCAAGAGCAUCUUCCUUCGCAGUCAGAACAGUGCAUUCCGGUCAUGGAAGGAGAAGGAGGCGGACAAGCGGGAAGAAAAGGCCCCCAUCGGGAAGCUGAAACUCCCCAAAGGGGGCGACUGGAGGGCUGAUCUCGGGGAGAUCUCUGCCAGUAAGUCCACCAUCAUGUCUCGCCUCUUUGUCCCCAACAUCCAGCAGACACCCAAGGACAAGCAGCCGGGGAAGCAGGCCACCAAGCACCCCGCUGCCCAGGCCACCUCCACAGCAGUGGUCAGGCCCAAGGCUCCCGAGAUCAAGAUCCGGCUGGGAAGCGUGCAGCAGCCGGGCUCGGACUUCAACAUCGCCAAGUUGCUCACACCCAAACUGGCCAGCGGCGGCGCCUCGAACCUCUUCAAGACCACUGAGGACAACAGCAGGGCACAGCAGAAACUCUUCCGGGGGGACAACCUGGAAAAAGUGCCCCAGUUCCAGGUGAGAGAUGUCAGGGACAAGUCCAAGGCCCAAGGCCCCCUCCACCAGGUAAGAGAUGUCCGGAAACUCAUCAAAGCGUCAGGGGACAGCAGUGACAAGGGCAGCGUUACCCCAGAGCAGGGGCUGACCGGGCCCAAACCCAGGCCGCUGGUUCCUGCAGCUGGUGGCUCGGAAUCCCUGUCCCCCAUGGUGAUUACGUGCCAGGCUGUGGUGAACCAGAGGGAAGACGGCACAGACCGAGAGCCCAGGGAGAACGUGGGCAUGGAGGGCAGCAGCAGGGCCUUGAAUUCCUCCUCGCCGGAAGGGACAGUCUUGGUUCACAGGGCAUCUGGCAGGCUGCCCGUGGCCACCAUCGCCCCCAAUAAGCCUGAGCAGGGCUCGUACCUGCCCGUGCUCAAGAUCGUCUCCAAGGCUCAGAAGACCCCAGAGAAGGCCAAGGAGGAGGAGGUCAAGGAGGAAGGAAGAGGCCCCAAGACAUCUCGCAAUGCUCUGGAGAAGCUGACGGCGGCUGUGAGGUCCAUGGAAGAGCUGUACAGCUUCAACAGGAACGAGUGGAAGCGGAAAAGCGACCCCUUGCCCCUGAUGACUGACAGCCACGUCCUGUCGCUCAUCGCCAGUGAGGAGAGAGAAGGGGCCGGGGGUGCUGAGCGGGACCCCGACAAGUUGGCCAAACGGGUGGGUGGGGCGGAAGAGCGGGGCGCCGGGCACAAAGGCGCAGGUGUGGUCCUGCGAGGGGGCCCCAUAGAGCGUCUGCAGCGGAGGAACUCCAACCCGAGCGCCGAGAGUGUGUCCGCCCGCGCGGCCGCCUUUGAGAACCUGGCCAGGGAGAGGCCCCGGUCCCUCUAUAUCCCCCCGGUGCACAAGGAUGUGGACAGAACCCAGCCCCUGCCCCCGCUCCCCAGCCACCGGAACGUGCUCACAGUGAGCGCCAGCAGCACCCAGAAAACUGGGGGUGUCGCUGGCAAGUUCCCACAAGGCCCCGCUGCAGAGAGCCCUUCGGCGGCAAAGGGCAUCAAAUCGCAGGGACUCCGGUCUCUCAAGAUCUCUCCGGCCACUCGGGCAUCUCUCGAAGAGGUGACCAACAGGAAGAAUGGCAGCCAUCUGGAAAAGAGCCAUAGCGACUGUGAGAAUUACCUGACCAUCCCCGUUAAAGGGAGCUCUGCAGCUGGGGAGCUUCCAGGCAGGCCUGGGGCGGGGAGGGAGGCCCCUCCCUCCUCAGCCACCACUCUCUGCAGCUUGCCCCCGCUGAGUGCACGAAGUCAGGUCCCCAGUAGCCCCAAAGGCUCUCAGGUCAGCGGAACCAGCCGGCCAGCUUGGCGCACCAAGCCUGACGACCCCCGGGGCACGGUAGCUGCCCCCGCAGAGCCACAGAGCCCCGAGCAUCCCCCCACCACGAUCUACCACCAGCAGCUGCUGCCCUUCACCCUCCAGGGGGCCCAGCCCCAGGUCCUCUGCUUCUCCCCACCAAGCAUGCCUGCCCCGGCACCUGUGGGCCCAGCUCCGGUCCCCACAGACCCCUUCCAGCAGCCGCAGCCUCCGCAGACCCAGCGCAAGAUGCUCCUGGAUGUGACAACCGGCCAGUACUAUCUGGUGGACACACCAGUACAGCCCAUGACCCGGAGACUGUUUGACCCCGAGACGGGGCAGUAUGUGGACGUGCCCAUGACCUCCCAGCAGCAGGCUGUGGCUCCCAUGUCCCUCCCCGGGCCUCCCUUGGCCCUGAGUCCGGGGGCCUACGGCCCCGCCUACAUGAUCUACCCCGGGUUUCUGCCCACGGUGCUGCCCGCCAAUGCCCUGCAGCCCACGCCAAUUGCUCACACUCCAAGGGGCGCCGAGCUCUCCCCCGUGGCAGCAGAGCCCCCCAGCAAAGAGGCAGCUGCAUCUUUCACCGAGGCCCCUUACUUCAUGUCCUCCGGUCAGUCUCCCACCUCCUCCUCUGCCCCAGCGGCCACAUCCCAGCUGGUGGGGGCCAAGGGCUUUGCCCAGCUGCAUGGCAAGCCUGUCAUCAGCAUCACUUCGCAGCCCCUGGGGCCGCGGAUCAUCGCCCCCCCCUCCUUUGACGGCACCACCAUGAGCUUCGUGGUGGAACACAGAUGAUGGGCGGCCACCAGAAAGCAGAAGGGCGCAGCUGCUGGAGUAAGACAGAAAGAUGGACGAAUCUUCUUGAAUCAGAAGGCUGCAUUGUAACAGCACUAAGAAGUUAUCUGGAAACCUUCCUCUACAUAUGUUAUUCUUAGUUUUUGCUUCUAUAAACCAAGUGUGUAAGUUCCUAUAUUUUUCUGAGUAACCCUGUUAAGACAGCUUGUGUUCUUUUAGUUUUACAAAGCUGAUUGAAUGGUUGCAUUUUUCCUGUAUAAAACUAUCUCUUUUUAUACUUUAAUACAGAAUAUAAGCUUUCCCUUCAUCUUUCCCUCCUGCAUUUGUGACUAGGCAAACAAUCUCUUACAUGUUCUCAUAGUUCAGUCAAAACAUACAACAGAGUAGGAUUGGUUCUGUUGUAAACCGAAUGAGCAAAUCAGUAAUUUGCAUCACAAAUCUCCCUGCAGAAUCUUGGAAUAUAUCAGGGCUGGCUGGCAGAGUUGUAGCACUUGUUUGGAUUUAAAUAUGAUGGGUCUGCAUUUUGGAUCAUGCCUAGUCAUUCUCUUGGUUAUGUUUUACAUGUUCUUUUAUUGGGUUUAGCAUGAUUUCAAAUGUGAUUGUGAAAAGGUGGUUUUAACUUUUGUGCCUUGUUUUAACUUUCCCAUUGGUACAAUGCUAUGACACUAUUUGUUGCCGUAAAAUAGAAUGGCUUGAAAGACUAGAGAGCCAGUGGUUGCAUUUAAAGUUAAGUUCUUAGUUUCAGAAAGUUAUAAAAUAUCUACUUCCCUCAGAAUCCAACCUCUGCUAUGAGUGUAUAGGAUUAUUUUUCUUCUUCAAUGAUCCCUCCUUAGUUGCACACUCCUGUCUCUCACAGAUUAUUUGGAGUCUGAAGAGUGACCUGUUUGGGGCAGUGGAGUAGAAAGUAAACUCUGAUUUGGUGGCUCUGAUAAUCUCCAGCCCUAGCCACACCCAUAGCAGUGACCUAGGUUUAUAUCAUUUGCUUUUUAUGGUUUUUAGAGAUGUCGAGAAUCUAAAUCACAGAAUCUUUCAUUGACAUUCAGUACUGCCUCAGUUGUAGCCCAGCUCUGAAGGUUAUUUUAAUGAGUGUUCAUGGUGAGUUUUGAAGAGUUGAUUGAACAGAUAAAUAUUUAGCUCAUCAUAAUAAUGAGUCAAUAUAUAUUCAACAAAUGUUACGUUGGAAUAUUUCUUUACUUUUUAAAACAAUAACUUGAAGGUUCUCCCAGACUUUUUUUUUUUUUAAGGAAUCUCCUCUUAUUUACUUAUUUGUUCAAAGAUAAAGCAUUCUGGUAAUUUUUUUGAUUUUAAUGAUCAUCAAUAUUGGUUUCUGCUUAAAACAGCUUCUUGAAACCACAGAAUUUUAUACUACUCAUAACUGAAGGUGUGAGUAGAAGAACUAAGAGACUGAUUUUUGUAUGAUUUGUGUAAUCUCAUUACUUUGUAUUUAUGCUUUCCAUCUCAGUUGGACUCUUUUAGAAAAAAAAAAAACAACUCAAUUUCACAUUCAGGAACUUCCUUAAAGGGAUCUUACUCUGAAAAGAAGUUCUGUUGGGUAAAAGGAAGGGUUUGAGGCAGGAAUAGUCAGCUCUGGUCACAAUUCAAUCAGUCAUUGGGCUGAUGAGCUAUGACAUGAAGCGAUAGCCUCUCUGAGACAUGGAACAUGAAAUAUGAAACAGUCUCUGUGUUUGGAAAAGAUGCCCUUGUGCCAUAUUGGGGAAAGCGUUAUUCCUUUGUCAUAGAGGUCUUCUUACCCAAGUACAUCAACAGAUUCACCCCAGAGCUUGCUUGAUUUUUUGCCACUGGGAAACUUCUCUUACAGCAUCAGCCCUUCCUCAUUUUCAGUAGAGAUGUGCUGGGUAAGAGGUCACUUAAUAUUGAAACAAGAAAGUAGACUCAAUCAGAGAUCUUAAGCUUAGAAUACUUAAAGCAGCGCCGUGAAAUCUCACGUAUUUGAACACAUCUUGUGAAACUCAGAUAGGAUUUGGCAGGUAGAAGCAGAAUUGAUAAAACUGUUUUAGAAUGACAUGUAUAUAUAAUAUCAUGUAUAUAUAAUAUCAUGUAAUAUCACGUAUAUAUAAUAUAUACAUGAUAAGUAUAUAUUAUAUGUGCAUGACUUUUAGGAAAACCCAGUGCUCGUGUCAAGUAGUCAACGGCUUGCCAGGUCUUCAAAAUGAGAGACCUCUCCUUUCCUAGAACAUGUGGUAGAGUUCUUACCUACCAAGGGUCUGGGAAGCCCAUAAGCUAUUUAUCGCUAUUUAUCAUGAUUUAUCACCAGCAGAUCUGAGCCUUAAAUUCUCACAUUGAGGUAAACUAGGACAGAAACUUGGAAAGAAAGGAGAACUUGUCAUUUGUCGGUUCUAUCAGAGAGGCCGUGUCCUCUGAGAAGCUGCUGUGGAUGUAGUAAAUGUCCAAGUGGUUAAAAUGUGACUUUAAAAUAGUAUUCUAUGAACGCCAUAUCAUCUACUGUUAAUUUUAUGGCUUUCCAUUUCAUCAAGCCAUAAAAAAGCAAAUCAAACCUGCCGGGCCAUUUACCACCUCGAGUGACAGGGAGGAACAUUUUUAAAAACAUGAGGUAAAUCUAAAUCCUCAUUUUCAUUGUUUUAUUAUUUCUUGAGGUUGAAUUGAUAUUUGAAUAAAACAGUUGUGCCCUUCCUUUUUCAACCCAAGUUAAGUAGGAAAAACCAAGAGUCUAUGAAGCCUUCCGACCCAUAAAACCAUUACCCUACCAGUGUCCUUUUAGCUGCUGAACUACUCUUCUAGGGCUCAUGUACGCAAAACCAUUACUAAAGCAUGUAGCAUUUCCUAUAUAGUGCCUGGAGCUUGAAUCUAAUUAGCAUUGCAGAGUCUGGCUUUCGCCGUUUCCUCUCAGGGUUACAUGUGUGACUCAGUUUUCCAGAUGAAUCACAGGGCAUUGUGUGUAGAAAUCUUGAUCCAUUUCCUAUCUUUCCCUGUUGGUUAAAUGGUAAGGUUGAAAUAUGCCCCAUUUGAAUUGUUUUUGGAAAACUGAACAAAUUUGUAACCCGUACGAAAAUCUAAGUCAGCAGAAUGUAUUUUUCUUAAAAAGCACUCACUGAAAUUGCCCUCAGGAUGAAAUGAAGCCCAGAUAUGCAGUUCGUGACUUAACGUAUCGGUUCUCUGUAUGUCUGCCUGUGUCUCCGUAUGUCUGUAUGUGUAUGGCUCUCUGGAUAUCAUUGAGUAAGUAAGCUAAAACAGAUGACACUUUGACAUCUUUAUGAUAAAUCUUAAAUGUUAACACACAUUUCAAAUCCAUCCUUAUACCACUAGAAAAUAUCUAGCGAUAUAAGUUUCUUAAUUUCAGAUUUAACUUCAUCAUUCUAGCCUCUUAAAGAGAUUUAAUGCAUUUUAAUUAUUUUCAUAUUUCAUAGAAAUGGAAGUCAGUGUUUGCUGCAAACUGAAUGCUCAUGCUACCUGAAAUAAUACUAUGGAGUGCAGGACAGUGUUGAUUCUUAAGUAGAUUGACUAUAAUCUCAUGAUAAGUAUAUAUUAUAUGUGCAUGAAAAAACACAUUCAGUAAUAGUCUCUGUUUAAAAGCUAUCACGGUAUACAUUUUCCAAUGUGGUGCUUGAGGAGUUUCAUUCUACAGUUUACAAGGUGUAGGUUUGCACCCCAAAUUCUCAGGGUAUGCUGUUUUACCCAAAUACUUGAAAGAAAAAGGUGCCCUGUAUUUUAUCAGUACUGUUGAGGGGAAAAAUUAUGUGUAGGUUUGUUUUACAAAACUACUUAUAAAAAUCAACUUCACAAAUUGUGUUAGACUUUUACAUAAUUCCUAAGGAAGUAUACAUAUAGAUAUGAUACAUAUUUUCAAGAGACUGUUUCUAUAUUCUUAACUAACUUCUGGGUCCUAAGUAGGCCUCACAGGUGCAUAAAAUCAUUAAUAAAGCAUGUAGCAUUUGCUAAAUCGUACCUUGAGCUUGAAUCUAAUUGGAAUUGCAGACUCUGGUCCUUGGGGGGAAAAAAGGUGUCCGUCUGUGUCACAUGUCAUUACAAGGCCCAGGGGAGGAUUCUGAAAAUUGGACUCAUUUGUAUGCCCCUUGUCUCAGAAGAGAACUAAAUGUUCACAGUAGCAUUUGUAAGCUGUUAACAUUCUUGUUUUAUGUUGCAGCUAGAGCAUAUUAUUAGUUAUUUUCCUAUUUGAUUCAUAAUGGUGCAGAAUAAAACAUACACACACACACACACACACACAACACGUCGAAUUUGAUUUCUUUUUUAAAGUUUCCUACUUGCUUUUUAUAAGCUGGUAUUAAUGGCAAAAAGUGCUAUCCAGGCCUCCCUGAAAUUACUUAUCAUCCCUGUAUCUUUUUCUAGCAGGUGGUCCUUUCUUUUUCUCCCCCUUUGAAGAUGUAGGUUUCUAUAUUUACAUUGAAGUCAUCUUAUUGUACAGUAAAGACAGUGAUGGUUGAAGAGAAUGUGAAGACUGAGGAAGUUAGGUCCCAAACAGAGGAGAGUAAAUUGUGUGGUAAAUGGAGAAAGACAUUGGAUAACGCUGAAUUAUACCCCUGACUAUGAAAAAAGCCAGUGGGAAAUGGAAAGAACAUGAACAUUUAAACUGCUCUCAAGAUAGAAAUCUUGGUGGAAGAGUUCCUACUUGAGGUCUGAUGUGAUUCAAUUAUGGAAUGCAGUGAGCAUGGCCACUGUGACUGUGAAUCCAGCCCAAAAGCUCUGAGAAUUACUUUGUCAGUGGAUUGCAUGUGGAGAAAACUACUUAGACAAGGACUCUGUGAGACUGACUAGCUUACUUACCUUUAAUUGCCAGCAUUUGUGAUUGUGCGAUCUUGUGUAAUGGUCUUUUAUUUUGACUCUUUUUGAAAAAAAAAAAAUGUGUUGUUGUUGUUCUUUUUCCAGUAAAAGUAAAUGCAA